CAAUAAAGAUCCAGGCCUCACAUAGAGAAAGAAGAGAGGAGAGAAAAACGGGAGUUGAAGAAGAGAUGUUGCUGAGGAGUUCUUCCACCCCAAUCCUGGGAUCUCUCCCCCCGUCCUCCCCUUUCUUCUCUGAAAGCCCAACCAAUAAAAGCAGCCACCACCAUAGCUUGGAGAGAACCUCCUCUGCCUCCUCCUCCCUCCCUCAUGCCAUCGCCCACCACCCCAAUCCCACCCUCCACUUGCACUUCUCCUCCCUCUCCGACUCCUCCGACCGCGACCCCUCCUCCCUCGGCUUCCGAAGAGCCCUCUCCGAAGGCAACCUCAAUUGCCUCCUCUCCGGCGACUCCCACCACCUGCCAAUCAAAGCCCCUUCCUCCGGCCGCCGAGCCAGCCAUGUUCUGGAGCCCAUCCCCUCGUUCUCCAUAUACAAUUCCAAAGAAGAAGAAGAAGAAGAAGAAGAACCGCAGGAGGAGGAGGAAGAGGGCGGCGGUGGGCUCAAAAGAUCGGUCACGGUCGGAGAUACUAUCCUCGGAGAAUUCGGCUCCUCAGGCGAGAAUCAAAGUGUCGGCUUGGACAAUGAUUCUCGGGAAAGUGGGGACGUUGAUGGGAAUGCGGCGCUGCCGCUGUUUCUGGCCAGAGGGCUGGGGAUCGAUCGGCUGGGCUCCGGAAUCUUGAAUGCUGGUAGUGGUAGUGGUGGCAGCGGCAGGUGUACCGUUCUGACCGGCGAUGGAGGAGAGCAAUCCGACAUGGAGGCUUACUAUAAGCGGAUGGUUGACGAGAACCCGGGCAAUGCUCUGUUCCUGAGAAACUAUGCUCGGUUUCUCUACCAGGCCAAGGGAGAUCCUCAAAGAGCUGAGGAGUACUACUCUCGUGCUAUACUUGCAGACCCGGGCGAUGGAGAGAUCCUGUCACAGUAUGCUAAACUAGUGUGGGAGCUGCACCAUGAUGAGGAACGAGCUUCUAGUUAUUUUGAACAGGCAGUUCGGGCCGCUCCUCAUGAUAGCCAUGUCCUUGCAGCAUUUGCUGAGUUCCUGUGGGAAACGGAGGACGAUGAUGGAGUAGAAGGUGGAGAAGGUGGUCAUUCACGAGAUUAUGCUGGAGCAUCCAUUCAUCAUGGAGCAUUGGCAUCUGCAGCUGCUUCAUCAUAAAGGCGUGGUGCAAGUUUGAACCAACAGUUGUAUUGCUGAAAAACUAGCAUGCUCCGUGAUGUGCUAAGGGAUAUCUUGGAGAUGAAGAGUUUGGAACAUAGACUAGCUUGUGGGCUCGUUGAACAUCUGAAGGGCUCGUCCUAUGGUAGUGGAAAGUGGAAGAAAUGCUUUUGUCUGGAGACGUUAGAGAACAUAAUAAAAGCAAUUUGUUAUGUUGUGUAGGAGGACUGGGCGUGUGUUUAUUAGUGAUCUUAAGAUAAUUUAUUCAGAAAAAGGCCCAAGCUUCAUCUUGAUGUUGCU